CCUCGCACUGCGGCCUCCCCAUAUCAAUCGUUGCGUGCUCCUCUCUCUGUCUCUCUUUACCGGCCUCCAUUACCGUCUCGCUUACCUCGUCUAAAGUACAUAUUUUGGGCGGAACGGCGCAUUGCGCAGCAGAUAAAGAUGAAGUACAUUUUGGUUUCUGGGGGAGUUGUAAGUGGACUGGGGAAGGGGGUGACGGCGAGUAGCGUUGGGUUGUUGCUCAAGGCAUGCGGGCUCCGGGUCACCUCCAUCAAGAUUGAUCCAUACCUGAAUACUGAUGCUGGAACAAUGUCCCCUUUUGAACAUGGAGAAGUUUUUGUUUUGGAUGAUGGCGGGGAGGUGGAUUUGGAUCUUGGUAACUAUGAAAGAUUCCUGGAUAUCAAGCUGACUCGCGAUAACAACAUUACUACUGGAAAGAUUUACCAGUUUGUUAUUAACAAGGAGAGAAAGGGAGAUUAUUUGGGGAAAACUGUUCAGGUUGUACCGCACAUCACAGAUGCUAUACAAGAGUGGAUUGAACGGGUAGCAAUUAUUCCUGUUGAUGGAAAUGAAGGACCAGCUGAUGUAUGUGUUAUAGAACUGGGUGGAACCAUAGGAGAUAUUGAAUCCAUGCCAUUUAUUGAAGCACUUGGUCAAUUUUCCUAUCGUGUAGGUCCUGGAAACUUCUGUCUUAUCCAUGUCAGCCUUGUACCAGUUCUAAAUGUAGUUGGUGAACAGAAAACUAAGCCAACUCAGCAUAGCGUUCGGGGACUAAGAGGGCUUGGUUUGACACCAAAUAUUCUUGCUUGCCGUAGUGUUUUGCCUUUGGAAGACAAUGUUAAGGAAAAGCUUACGCAAUUUUGCCAUGUGCCGGCUUCAAAUAUUUUGACUCUUUAUGAUGUUCCAAACAUUUGGCAUGUUCCCUUACUCCUGAGGGACCAGAAGGGGCAUGAGGCCAUCUUGAAAGCACUAAACCUACAAGGAGUUGCAAAAGAACCCAUGUUGGAUGAGUGGACUGCUAGGGCUAGAAUCUAUGAUGCUUUGAGCGAUCCUGUAAGAAUUGCCAUGGUUGGUAAAUAUACCGGUCUUUCUGACUCAUACCUCUCCGUUCUAAAGGCUCUGCUUCAUGCUUCUGUAACCUGCCGUAGGAAACUUGUAGUAGAUUGGGUGCCUGCCUCUGACCUUGAAGACGCAACUGCAAAAGAGGAGCCUGAUGUUCAUAAAAAGGCAUGGAACCUUCUUAAGUGUGCAGAUGGUGUACUAGUUCCUGGAGGUUUUGGAGAUAGGGGUGUCGAAGGGAAAAUUCUUGCGGCUAAGUAUGCCCGAGAAAACAACAUACCGUAUCUAGGAAUCUGCCUUGGCAUGCAAAUUUCUGUGAUUGAAUUUUCUCGCCAUGUCAUGAAUUUGAGAGAUGCUAAUAGUACAGAGUUUGAUCCUAACACAAAGAACCCAUGCGUCAUAUUUAUGCCAGAGGUUUCAGCAACACAUAUGGGUGGCACAAUGAGGCUUGGCUCUAGAAGGACUUACUUCCAGGUUAAAAAUUGCAAAUCUGCCAAACUAUAUGGGAAUGUGAAAUUUGUUGAUGAAAGACACAGGCAUAGAUAUGAGGUCAAUCCUGAAAUGGUUAUGCAACUUGAAAGAUCUGGUCUUGCUUUUGUUGGCAAGGACGAAGACGGUGGACGGAUGGAGAUACUGGAGCUUUCAUCCCAUCCUUUCUAUGUUGGGGUCCAGUUCCAUCCAGAAUUCAAGUCAAGGCCUGGAAAACCAUCCGCACUUUUCUUAGGUCUAAUAGCUGCAUCUUCUGGACAACUGGAUGCCUUUCUUAAAGCUGAUGGACAAAUCAAUUUGCUGCCACCAGAAAUCUCUACAAGCAGUAGUAGUUCCCUAGCAAUCUCUUACCAGAAUAGACAUGCAAAACGCUUGUCCAAUGGACAUUAUAAUGAAAAUGGAAAUGAUGUUCAUAUCUAACUACGCUCCCUUGAGGAUUUGCUUGGGACGGCUUUUUUAU